CGCUCCUUUAGGCCAGUAGGUCGCACACCUGCUCCUCGGAGGCAUCAUGAGGUCCCCAGUUCGGGGCCUGUCCCCGAGCGACAGCGAGGAGGCCUCGGACAGCACACCCCUCCUGCAGGACGCCCCACGGGCGGAAGCCGAAUAAAUGUUCUAGGGAAGAGGAGCCUACAAUUAUAGGAUCUUGCAUUAGUCAACAAUAUUUUAAAUUAAGCUUUUUGUCUGGGAUGCUGUGAGCAGGAGGACAAGAAAGGAGCACCAGGAAAAGAGAGAUGGAAAAGCUCCAGUGUGCUGCUCUGCUCGUUACAACUUAGCAGUUUUGGCCUUUUUUGGUUUCUUCGUUCUCUAUGCAUUACGUGUGAAUCUGAGUGUUGCAUUAGUGGAUAUGGUAGAUUCAAAUACAACUUUAAUAGAUAAUAGAACUUCCAAGGAGUGUACAGAGCAUUCUGCUUCCAAUAAAGUUCUCCAUAAUCAAACCGGUAAGAGGUACCACUGGGAUGCAGAAACUCAAGGAUGGAUUCUUGGUUCUUUUUUUUAUGGCUACAUCAUCACACAAAUUCCUGGAGGAUAUAUUGCCAGAAAAAUGGGGGGGAAACUGCUGCUAGGAUUUGGAGUCCUCGGCACUACUGUCUUCACCCUGUUAACUCCCAUUGCUGCAGAUGUCGGAGUUGGAGCUCUCAUUGUACUCAGAGCACUAGAAGGUCUAGGAGAGGGUGUCACAUUUCCAGCCAUGCAUGCCAUGUGGUCUUCUUGGGCUCCCCCUCUUGAAAGAAGCAGGCUUCUUAGCAUUUCAUAUGCAGGAGCACAGCUUGGAACAGUAAUUUCUCUUCCUCUUUCUGGAAUAAUUUGCUUCUAUAUGAAUUGGACUUAUGUCUUCUACCUUUUUGGUGUGGUUGGAAUCAUUUGGUUUGUUCUAUGGAUCUGGUUAGUUAGUGAUAUACCAGAAACUCACAAGACAAUCUCCCACCAUGAAAAGGAAUACAUUCUUUCAUCAUUAAAAAAUCAGCUUUCUUCACAAAAAUCAGUACCAUGGAUACCCAUGCUGAAAUCUCUGCCACUUUGGGCUAUUGUUGCUGCACAUUUUUCUUACAACUGGACUUUUUAUACUUUAUUGACAUUAUUGCCUACUUAUAUGAAGGAGAUCCUAAGGUUCAGUGUUCAAAAGAAUGGGAUUUUAUCUGCAGUGCCUUAUUUCGGCUGUUGGUUAUGUAUGAUCCUGUCUGGUCAAGCUGCUGACCAUUUGAGGGUAAAAUGGAAUUUUUCAACUAUAUGUGUUCGAAGAGUUUUUAGCCUUAUCGGAAUGAUUGGACCUGCAGUAUUUCUGGUAGCCGCUGGAUUUAUAGGUUGUGAUUAUUCUUUGGCUGUUGCAUUCCUGACCAUAUCAACAACACUGGGAGGCUUUAGUUCUUCUGGAUUUAACAUCAACCAUCUGGAUAUUGCUCCUUCGUAUGCUGGUAUCCUCCUGGGCAUUACAAAUACAUUUGCCACUAUUCCAGGAAUGGUUGGGCCUGUCAUUGCUAAAAGUCUGACCCCUGAAAACACUAUUAGAGAAUGGCAAACUGUUUUCUGGAUUGCUGCUGCUAUUAAUGUAUUUGGUGCCACAUUCUUCACGCUAUUCGCCAAAGGUGAAGUGCAAAACUGGGCCCUCGAUGAUCACCAUGGACACAGAAACUGAAGCAACCAAUAAAUAAUUAUGUCUCUAUUAAUGUAUUUUUGUUUAUCAUGUAACCUAAAAGUGCCUUUGGUAUUUUAAUGUGUAAGCAUUCUAUAUUCAGGAAAAAUUAUACUUGUAUUAAAUUUUUAAGGCUUAUGAUCAUGAAAUGUCACUAGUUGCCAGAUUGGUAAUAUUAGCUGUCUUUAAUUAUUAAUAACAUGUAUGCUGGAACUUAUAACUUAGGGCUACAUACCUGGCUGCAAGUCAGACAACAUGAAGUAGGGGAGUUCCAUUUAUUUUUAAGGGCUUUACUUAAAGGAAUGAGCUGAAAUGGACCCCCCUAUACCUCUGCUUAAUUUAACUAGAUAAUAAUUCUCAGUUCUUGAUAAACACGUUUUUAUCCACUUUCCUCAUAAGAAUUAUUUGUCAUCAGGAAUCCCUGACCCUGAGGUCUCAAACUUUAGACUCUUUAUGGAGCCGCCAGCCAUUCUGUAAUUUGGCCUGGCAACUGGGCUGAGGAAAGCAGGCCCAGGCGGCCGCCCGGCAUUCCCUUCCUGGCUUCAGGGACAGUAUUAAUCAGUGGUAGCAUCCAAGAGCAGGGUCAGUGCCAAGUCUUUAGACACUGUUCUUCCGUUGGGGGCUGUUAAUUUAUAGAUAAAGCCCUGAGAAGUCAGGUGCAUUGAGAUCCACAGCCAUGGUUCUGAUGCAUCUUCAAACCUUCCCCUCCCAAGAAAAGUCACUGGCAUGUAACACACAAAAGAAAAAUGUGAUGCCCAAUAACCAGAAAUAAUGUCAUCCUUGAUUAAAACUACCUUCUCAUGGAUCAGAGAAUAAAUUCCAAGUCUGGUGUGUUCUAUGAGCUUCACCAGAAUUAAAACAAACAAAAAAAUCCUCUCAAUUUGUCUACAUGAAAAAUUCUGGUUACAGUUUAAAGUUAAAGUGACUUUUAAAGGCCACAUCACCUGAGGCCUGUUUGUAAUGUAAAGUUAUAAUUAUCUUUCUGCUGCUUCCUGAAAUCAUAUUUUUUCAGUUUUUUCCUGAACCAUCUUCCAGUGGUUUUGGAGCAUGCUUUGAGGGCAUUUAUAUGACUUAGAAAUUGGUUUAUGUUUUGUUGUGUUUGUUCAACACUACUGUAACAUUGGAAUAAAACCGAUUAAUGUAGUAUGAUGUGAAUACAUUUCUGUAAAUUUAUUUUUAAAUUUGUAAAUUGCUUUAAGUUGCUAUGAUGGUAAUUCUUUUAUAAAUCAUCAAAAUAAACCUUUUUAGAUUGA